UACAAGUACGUGAAACGUGAGUGCACCGGCCGUGCUAACUAGCUGGCCUGCUUCGCGUGAGUUCAUCCAUCCAUCCGUCCACCAUGGCCUCCGACCGCCUCGCCGCCCUCAAGGCCUUCGACGAGACCAAGGCCGGCGUGAAGGGCCUCGUGGACGCCGGCGUCAAGGCCGUCCCGGACAUCUUCCGCCACCCUCCGGACCCACUCUCCCCGUGCACCAAGGUCGCCGCAAUCCCGGUCGUCGACCUCUCGGGCCCACGCUCUGAGGUGGUCGCCGCGGUGAGGGAGGCGGCGCGGACGGCGGGCUUCUUCCAGCUGGUGAACCACGGCGUGCCGGAGGCGGCCAUGUCGGGGAUGCUGGCGGCGGUGCGGCGGUUCAACGAGGAGCCCGCGGAGGCCAAGGCGCCCUACUACACGCGGGACGCCGCGCGGCGCGUGCGCUACAACUGCAACGCCGACCUCUUCCGGACCAUGGUGGGCAAGUGGCGCGACACCAUCUACAUGGACGACGUGGACCGGCUGGCGGCGGGCGAGGAGGAGGAGGUCCUCCCGCCGGCGUGCAGGGGCGUCGCGCCCAAGUACACGGCGCAGGUGCGGAUGCUGGGGCGCGCGCUCUUCGAGCUGCUGUCGGAGGCCCUGGGCGUGCGGCGCGGGUACCUGGCGGAGGAGGCCGGCUGCCUGGAGACGCUCAGCGUUGCCGGCCACUACUACCCGGCGUGCCCGGAGCCGCACCUGACGCUGGGCGCCGUCAGGCACAACGACCCCGGCUUCCUCACCGUGCUGCUCCAGGACGGCGUCGGCGGCCUCCAGGUGCUCACGGACGUCGAGGACGGCGAAGGGAACGUGUCCGCCGCGUGGGCCGACGUGCCGGCGGUGCCGGGGGCGCUGGUGGUGAACGUCGGCGACUUCCUGCAGCUGGUGUCCAACGACAGGUUCAGGAGCGUCGCGCACCGCGUGGUGGCCAACAGCGUGGGGCCCCGGAUGUCGGUGGCGUGCUUCUUCAGGGCCAAGGGAGCGACCGUGUGCGCCCCGGUGGCCAUGGACGGGGGUGGCCCGCCGCGCUACCGGACCGUCACGGCGGAGGAGCUGCUCCGCUCGUCCGGGAAGCAGAACGGGCUCCGCGACGUGAGGCUCUAGCUGGCGAGCCUCAAGAAAGCAGAGAGCAGAGACGAGGCGUGAAUGCUUAUUGGAACAUGGUGAUGAAAUGCUUGUCGAUGAAGUUGUAGCCUUGCAUGAAUUUGCUCAUCUUUGUCUGAAUAAAAAACAAUUUGCUUA